AUGAAUAAUAAUUAAUCAGUUCCUGAUAUAGGAGAGUAAGAAGAUGAUCUUUAAACAAUAAAGAAAACUGAAAAUGAAGAUUUUAUUUUGUCAUAUAAUUAAUGCACUGAGUAAUCUUCCUCAUUUGGAAGGAAACUAAACUAAUAGCUUUGGUAAGAAUUCUACAAAUAGGAAUUGAUUUAUUAGAAAAGGAAGAAUCCAUAAGCAAAUCAUAAUGAAUUAACUUCAUUAAUUUCAAAAAAGUGGAAAAGCAAGAAAUAAGAUAAGAAGACUGUUAAUAAAUUGAAAUUGAAAAUAAAACUAGAAAGUAUUGCUGAUUUUGCUGCUUAAACCAAGAAUAAUAAAUAGAUAGCCAUUCUUAAUAAAGAAGAACAAAAAGAUGAUCUUGCUGAAAAGCUUAAAACUUCAACUUUCAAGUUAAUUUAUUUAGAUAAUAUUUGUGAACUUAAAGGAGAGGCAAUUUUAGAAGCAAUAAAAGGUAAUCUUCAGCUCAUCUACAUAAAUAAAUCUAAUGAUAUUGAAUAAUUAGAUAUCUCUAAUUAGGAUAAAUCCAAAUCGACCAAAAGUUGCCCAGAACCCUAAGAAUAAAAGGAAAGCUUUGUUAUGUCUUCAAAGGAUUCAGAAAAUGAGCCUGUAAAUGACGAAAAUGAAUCAUAUUUUGAAAUAGCGAAUAACAUAAUGAAUUAUUUAUGA